UGAAAAAUAAAAGGAAGCCUUCAUUAAAGGUCAAUAUGGUGGAAGAAGGGGAAAGGAAACCUGUGUUGGAAAUGGUCCAAGCUGCUGGAACAGACGGAAACUGUGUCACAUUUGUGUUGUAUGAUGAGGACCAUACACUAGGAAACUCUCUACGUUACAUGAUCAUGAAGAACCCAGAAGUGGAGUUCUGUGGGUACAGUAUCACCCAUCCUUCAGAAAGCAAAAUUAAUUUUCGCAUCCAGACUAAAGGGGGUCUUCCAGCUGUUGAACCCUUUCGACAAGGCCUUAAUGAGCUCAUGGAUGUCUGUCAACAUGUGCUUAACAAAUUUGAAGCAAGUAUAAAGAACUAUAAAGAUCAAAAGCAAGUUGAAAUGGAAUAGUUCUACUCUUGAUCAGAUUAGAAUGCAUACCUGUGUACUGUCUAAUUUUAUAGAAUAUUGAAUGUUUUUGUUACAAUGUAAUAUGUGUAAAGAACUGGCACAAUACUUAAUAAAAUCACACAUAAGACAAUAAACCUGAAA